UUCUCUGUGCAGCGUUGAUUGUUGUGGCACCCACACAUCCGGAGAAAGUUCGCAUCACAGUAAUUUCCUUUUAUUUUGCUGUGAUAUUAAAGAAGUAUGGCAGAGUCUCAAGAGACAAGCUGUACAAGGCGGAAUAUGCCAAAAGCGGCCGUGCUUCGUGCAAGAAAUGCAAAGAAAACAUAGCGAAAGACUCGCUGAGGAUGGCCAUCAUGGUGCAGUCACCCAUGUUUGAUGGGAAAGUUCCCCACUGGCACCACUUCUCUUGCUUCUGGCUGAGAGCUGCGGCUCAGUCCACGGCUGAUAUAGCGGGCUACUCUGGCCUGCGCUGGGACGACCAGGAAAAAGUAAAAAAGGCCAUUGAAACCGGUGGAGCAGUAGGAGGAAAAGGGGACCAGAAAGGCGGAGCCAAAGGAGAGAAGACACUAAAUGACUUUGCGGUAGAAUAUGCCAAAUCAAACCGCAGCACAUGCAAAGGCUGUGAUCAGAAAAUAGAAAAGGAUCAGAUCCGUGUCUCCAAGAAAACUGUGGACGCAGAGAAGCCCCAGCUGGGUCUGAUCGACCGCUGGUACCACACUGCAUGUUUCGUGAGCGACAGGGAGGAGUUGGCCUUUAAACCUGAAUACAGCGCCGCUCAACUCAAAGGUUUCAACGCACUGCGGGCAGAAGACAAGGAGGAGCUUAAGAAGAGGCUUCCUGCUGUGAAAACUGAAGGUAAGCGUAAAGGGGAUGAAGUCGACGGAGCAUCAAAGAAACAGAAGAAGGAAGAAGACGAAGAGAAAAAGAAGCUCGAGGAGCAGUUGAAGAGCCAAAGCCAGCUGAUUUGGGGAAAAGACAAGCUGAAGAAGUUUUGCUCGACCAACGAUAUGAAGGAGCUGCUGAUUGCAAAUGGCCAGGAGGUUCCCUCGGGAGAGUCUAAUGUGGUGGACUGCCUCAGCGACAGCAUGGCUUUCGGGGCCCUCGAGCCCUGUAAUGUGUGCAAGGGCCAGCUUGCGUUCAAGGGUGACGCUUAUUACUGCCAAGGGGACAUCUCAGCCUGGACAAAGUGUGUGUUCAAAACAACGACUCCUGUUCGCAAGGACUGGGUCACCCCCAAGGAAUUCCAUGAAAUUCCCUUCCUGAAAAAGUUCAAGUUCAAGCGACAGGACCGGGUUUACCAAAAGGAGGCUCCUACCGAAACUGUCACCGCAGCCAAAGCUAAACCGUUGGCGAGUGCAUCGAGCGCCAAGACUCAGCAACUGCCAGAGGGAGCGCCUGCAGACAAACCUCUGACUGGUAUGAGACUGUUGAGUGUGGGCAAGCUGUCCAAGAACAAGGACGAUCUAAAGGCUUUUGUCGAGGAUCUUGGUGGAAAGAUUAGCAGUACAGCAAACAAGGCCUCUCUCUGCCUCAGCACCAAAAAGGAGGUAGAGAAGAUGAGUAAGAAAAUGGAGGAAGUGAGGGACGCCGGCGUGCGCGUGGUCUCCGAGGAUUUCCUCACAGACAUCAAGUCGUCGGGUAAAGCCCUCCAGGAACUCGUCUCCCUGCAUGCCAUCUCACCCUGGGGUGCCGAAGUCAAAGCCGAGGCUCCGGCUCCAGCUCCGUCUGUGGCCACCAAGUCUGGACCGCUGGCUACCAAGAGCACAGGCAGGGUGAAGGAGGAGGAAGGCAGUAGCAAAACCAAGAAGAUGAAGCUCACAGUGAAAGGAGGAGCUGCUGUGGACCCAGACUCAGGGCUGGAGAACAGCGCUCAUGUCCUGGAGCAGAGCGGGAAGAUGUACAGUGCUACGCUGGGUCUUGUGGACAUUGUCAGAGGAACUAACUCCUACUACAAAUUGCAGCUGCUGGAGGAUGAUGUACAGAAACGGUACUGGGUGUUCCGGUCAUGGGGCAGAGUGGGUACCACUAUCGGAGGCAACAAACUAGACAAGUUUCACGACAAAAACUCAGCCAUGGACAACUUCCUGACUGUCUACAAAGAGAAGACCGGCAACACAUGGAGCACCUCCAACUUCACCAAGUAUCCCAAUAAGUUCUACCCCCUGGAGAUUGACUAUGGACAGGAUGAAGAAGCGGUGAAGAAGCUGACAGCCACCGCCGGCACCAAGUCCAAGCUGGUAAAACCCGUCCAGGAUCUGAUCAAGAUGAUCUUUGAUGUGGAGAGCAUGAAGAAGGCCAUGGUGGAGUUUGAGAUUGACCUCCAGAAAAUGCCCCUCGGAAAACUAAGUAAGAGGCAGAUCCAGAGUGCCUACUCACUGCUCACUGAUGUACAGCAGGCUGUAACAAAUAGUUGGUCUGAGUCCCACAUCCUGGAUCUCUCCAAUCGCUUCUACACCCUGAUACCUCACGAUUUCGGGAUGAAGAAACCCCCGCUGCUCAGCAGCCUGGAAUACAUUCAGAAUAAAGUUCAGAUGUUGGACAACCUGUUGGACAUUGAAGUGGCAUACAGCCUGCUGAGAGGGGGGGCCCAGGACGAUGAGAGUGAUCCCAUCGACAUCAACUACGAGAAACUCAAAACCAAGAUUGAGGUUGUUGACAAGUCUACAACUGAGGCUGAGAUCAUUACGCAAUAUGUUAAGAACACCCACGCUGCCACACACAACACUUACACACUGGAAGUGGAAGAGAUCUUUAAAAUUGUUCGAGAGGGAGAGCGCCAGCGGUACCGUCCCUUCGAGGAGCUACACAAUCGCCAGCUUCUGUGGCACGGUUCUCGCGCCACCAACUACGCUGGUAUCCUGUCUCAGGGUCUUCGCAUUGCCCCUCCAGAGGCUCCAGUGACUGGUUACAUGUUCGGUAAAGGUGUGUACUUUGCCGACAUGGUGUCCAAGAGUGCAAACUACUGUCACACCUCCCAGUCAGACCCCGUCGGCCUUCUCCUGCUGGCUGAGGUUGCUCUGGGCAACAUGCAUGAAUUGAAGAAGGCGUCCCACAUUACAAAAGUACCCAAGGGCAAGCACAGUGUUAAAGGUGUGGGUAGAACUGCUCCUGAUCCAAGUGCAUCUGUCACUCUGGAGGGAGUGCAAGUGCCCCUGGGAAAAGGAAGCAACACCAACAUUGAUGACACAAGUCUCCUGUACAACGAAUACAUUGUGUAUGAUGUGGCGCAGGUCAACAUGAAGUAUCUCCUGAAGAUCAAGUUUAACUACCAGACUUCCCUUUGGUGAGGGGGGGCUGGGCUGUGACCAAACAAUUUUCAUUGAAAACUGAGACCACUGUUGCCGUCAAAUGCCUGGGCUUCAUGGCAAAGGAGGGAUGUUAUACCACGUUUUACAUUGUCAAUGGAAAUAUCUAGUCACUUUAUUGCUUUCUCAUCAGGUUAACUAGCUAGCAGCCUUCUUCGUAACACAUUAGGUAGUUAAAUACCUACGUCAGAGUUGCUUAUAAGACAGACAUACAAAUCAAAGCUCAAUCUGGUGGUUGAACACGGUGCACACUUCAGAGAGGUUUUGGUUUGGGAAUGAAUAUCAGAAAACAUUUGUAGUUUCAGUUGCACAUGGUUUUCUUGAGUUUGGAAAGGAUCUGUCUUUAAUAAACCUCACAAGAUCUAGUACUGCAAGUUUUUAGAAGAAGUUUAGAGGUGUGACCAAUCAAUCUGCAAACGUACACAAACCUGUAGCCGCUCAGAUGAAAAUGUUUUAGACUGUUGGGUUCAAAUAUACUGUACCAGGUUUGUCGUGUAUAUAUUUGUUUUGUUGUUUGUCUUUCAAGCAGUCUUCCUUGCAGAAAACAGGGGGAAAAAUAAACAAUGUGGUUAGUAUUCUGCAAAGUAUUCUGAAAAUAAAAUGACUGUCAUGGUAUGUGGUACACUUGUUCUUAGUGUUUUCUCGCUUAUCUCAAAUACAAUAAAAUGUUGAGAAUACAUUUCA